AUGUCCCAUCCCCCGCCGCCGGAAGAGCAGCCAAGUCGCCCUCGGCAAGAGUACACCUCAUUGUCCUCUAUCCUCCGCAAAAGCAAGGACAACACCCUCGCUUCGGACACCCACCCCGUCGAUCAGAAUGGCAGGCGCAGGUCUAGCACCUCUGGAUGGUUGCCAAACCCCAGUGACAGGCCUGAUCGUCGCCUCGAAAACCGGUCGACAAGCAAUGACAGCAGAGGGACGCGGAAGCCGAGCGAAGACAAAGGGAGACUUAGCACUUGGGGCCUCAUGUGCUUGACGAUAUCUAUGGGAGGAAGUCAGAUUGCUUGGACGGUUGAGCUGGGUUACGGAACACCAUAUCUCUUAUCACUUGGUCUGUCGGAACAACUCACUUCGCUGGUGUGGCUCGCCGGCCCGAUAUCUGGGCUCAUUGCCCAGCCUCUCAUUGGGGCGAUUUCGGAUUCCUCCCAUUCUCGCUAUCGAAGGAGAUACUGGAUAGUCACUUCCACUGUCUUGCUGGUGUUCAGUGGGUUAGGUUUAGCAUUCACAGAGCCCAUUGCCAAGUCUUUUGUUGACUUGAUGGGCGGGGGCCACGGUGACUGGGAUCCUAAAACCAUCAAGAUGGUCAAGAACACUGCAAUCGGUAUAGCUGUCUUGUGCUUCUACUGCCUCGACUUUGCUUUGAACGCACUACAAGCCUCUCUACGGAACAUUGUCCUGGACAUCACUCCCGGCGAACAACUGGCAACGGCAAAUGCGUGGCACGGUCGCUUCAGUCAUGUUGGGAAUAUAGUGGGAUUCACAAUGGGCUUUCUCAAACUGAACGAUAUGCCCAUCAUCCGACUGGCUGGAGGAGGGCAGUUCCGCAAAGUCUGCAUUGUGGCACUUGUCCUCUUGAUUGUUACUGUUUGGAUCACAUGCUGGACCCAGGAAGAGAAGGAAAAGGAGAAUAUAUUUGGUGAAAGGAGAUCAAACAUAAGAGAUGCUGUUGCAACAAUCUAUGAGGCAGCUCGGCAUCUCCCCAAAGCAAUCCGCCGAGUUUGCAUUGUGCAGAUUGCAGCGUUCAUGGGGUGGUUUCCUUACCUCUUCUAUUCAACAACAUAUGUGGCUGAAGUAAUGGCCAAGGAACUCCAACAUCACCCCGAUGGUGACAAGGCUACCCGGGCUGGGAGUUUGGCUCUUCUGAUAUAUUCUUUGGUUGCCAUAGUCGCUGGUACACUUCUGCCUUAUUUUGCAGUACGCGACCGACGCCUCCUCAAGCCAAUGCCUGACAGACUGUGUGAUGGGGAUCUUCCAUCAGAUGCCUCUGAAGACAAUGAUGACAUUGAAAUGGCGCGCAUCAGAGAAAUAGUCCAACAAUGGAAGGCUGAAGCAGCACGUGCCGGGCGUCCUAUGCGGCUGCCAAGCAUGCCAUUCAUGCUGCGAAACAUCUGGACAGCUGGGCUCAUCCUUUUUGGCUGCCUGAUGAUGUCAACUUUCUUCAUCACCAAGGUAUGGCAAGCCACAAUAAUGAUUGCUCUGGUUGGAAUUUGCUGGGCUAUUGCCUGUUGGGUCAUAAUUAUGGAAUUUCUCAAGGAAUUGGAAGAUGUGUCCUCUCAAGGUCAAUCAUUGUCCACCAGUCAUCCUCAACGGCCUGAACAUGUUCGCACAACAUCAAACCCUAUUGCUUUCAGAUCACACCCCACAAGUCCAACCAGCCGCCGCCCAGUCAAUGAAUAUACCCCACUAGUGCGCAGUCUGUCCACAGCGGAUCUCGAGGGUGCUGGAGACAUGCAAUACACAGGUGAAGGUCCUGUGGCUGGAGGGACCAUUAUGGGAAUCCACAAUUUGGCUAUAGUGUUCCCACAAUUCAUU